AUGAAAGUCAAAAUCAAGGAGUGGAAUGCGGUCGCUACAUGGAGAUGGGAUAUUCCAGAAGACGACGUCUGCGGUAUUUGCCAGGUUCACUUUGACGGCACCUGUCCGACGUGCAAAUAUCCCGGUGAUGAUUGUAGCCUCUACUUCAACUUCUCUCACAAGUGUCUGGCAAAUGCGGCCAUAAUUUUCACAUGCACUGCAUCCUCGAAUGGAUCAAGCAAGAUUCCGCCAAGGGACAAUGCCCAAUGUGUCGACAAAAGUUUGAAUGGAACGAACAGCCCGGACAGCACCCUCCAGGUUCUCGGUCUUCAAUAG